CGGUCCAUACUGGUACGUCGUGAGAGCAGUGUCAGUCGUGUUUGCUUCGUGCUAACGUGAAUUUUCAUCAUCUCGUACUACCUAUCGAACCGUGUUAUGUGCUUUAAUUUGGUUUGUUGAAAUAAUAUUCUUUUAUUUUCUUUCUUAUCUCUUUUUUAUCAUCCAAAAUAUUACUUUUAUCAGUGACAAGUUUUUUUUAACACUUUGUUUUAUUUACGACGGUUUUAGAAGAUAAAAGUAAAGUUUUGAUAGUAAUUAUUAGGUUAUUUUAUUUGUGGAUAAGGUUAGAGAAGAACACUACUCUGCAGUGUGAGAAUUUAAUGUAGGGCAAAAAAAAAAAAAAAAACAGAGAAGAACAGACGAGUUCUAUUGAGAAAUGCAAGCAAUUCCCCACCGACUGGGAUUACUUCGCAGCACGUGACCUGAAAUUUCUUGAUCAACAGAAAUCCAAUUAGCUGAUUAGGGGAGCGCGAAUGGACACUGGGAAUCGGCUUCAACAAAAGCGAGUCAAUAAAAAUUCCGCUAUAACUAAACUCGCUUUGAGAAAAAUAACAAUGUAAGCAAGUUAAUAGCCGGAAAAACACUCAAAUUCAAAUGGAUUUCAGUGACGACCAAUCGUUCAGUUAAAAAAAUAACCAAAAAAUAACAGUGAGUGAAUAUAAAUACAAAAAUAAAAAAACAAAAUUCAGAAUAACAAAACGAGAAAUCAGCAGUAAUAAUGAUAAAGUACAAAGAGAAAUAUGUGAUAAAUUUAUUUAUCACGUUAUGGCAUCAGAAAUUGAUGAAAAUACAGUAAGCCAAGCGCUUGGACACAUUCUGUUAAAUAUCUUAGACAUUUAUAUAGUUAUCAGAACAAGAACAAGAAGAAGAAGAACAACAACAACAACAACAGCUGCUGCUAUAACUGAUGGUAUAAUUCCACAGAGUUACCGAAGCUCGCGAAGAACUCGUAAUAUCAGUGACGUCGUAGUUCGAGAAGCAUUAGUAUCAUCGCCAGCUUCAGAAUCGUCACCACCAACCAGUACCGGUAUAAGCGAAAUCCCGAGUCAGAACAGGAGGAGGAGCAAGAGUAGUCGUAGAAGUAGGAGUAGCAGAAGCAUGGUUGCGGUGACGAUUAGCGAUAGCGUGACAAUUCCAACUAAUCCGUCCAUGGCCUUAAACAGUACUGGGGUGGUUACGAGCUCCACCACCACCGGGAGCACCACUACCGCCGCUAAGCCCGACCAACACAUCUACAAUUCCACGAAUUACCUCUCUGAGCAGGAUGACCUGGAAUACAGUAUACUGGCGGCUUUUUCCGACAUGAAAACAGUAUUUUUAGCGUGUAUUUGCACGUUAUUACCGCUGAUGAUCGCCCUAGCAAUAGCGUUCGGAUUAAGACAUGCAUGGAGGAAAUAUAGACUCAGAAGAAAUGGAACGAGUGAUUUACCGUGGUAUCGCGGGGUUUGUUCACGCGAUGAUACCGCAGAAUCGCUUCAUCACAGACCCCAUCGAAAUAGUAUCAGCAUCCAGCCUGCAACGAGGAUUUUAUCCGCGCAAGAUUUGGUGAAUGGUCUCAAUGGACCAAGGUAUAUCUGUGAGACGGAAGUAAUGGAAGAAGUGGCUCUCGCAGCUGGUAACGGGGAGUUUGCAUCUCCUGGGAAUCACACCAGCAAAAACGCCAACGGCAACAUCAUCACCCUCACACUAAAGAAUAACCACAUCAUCGUGGAGACGGAAGAACGCGCUAUGGCAAUGAGUGAUAAUUCGUUUGUGGUUGAAGUGCAGCCUAAAUACUUGAAGGACGAUGUGGAUAUUAAUACUGGGUCUAUUGAUGAUAUUACGGGGAGAGUUACUGAUCAGCAAGCACUGGUUCAUCGAGAAGAAAUCCCUGAGGAUCGUUCUUUAGAGUUCAAUACAACAAAGUUAUUUGGUAGUAUCAACACAGGAUUAUCUCAAUCGGAUCUCUCAAUAGCCAGUCGUGGCUCGGUAAACCACAGUUACCGCUAUGGGAAUCAAAUGGAAUACGAUGCUGCCCAGUUAGGAUAUAUGUAUGAAGGCAGUAAUUACAUGAAUGACCUCGUGUCUCGGGACUUAGAAGGCGUAUCCAAGUGGGUGGAAUUCGAUAAAUCACCUGACACCGAGAAAACACUCUUAAACGAGUGCGACAACUCGAACCUGGACAAAGACAGCAAUGAAUACAAAAAAUUAAACAAUCUCGACAGCUCGUUAGACUCGAAUUCAUCUCUGGAGCAUCAAGAUUCAACAGACGCGAGUAAUUCAACUGACACCGUCAGAUCAAAUCCAAAUUUGCAAGUUAACGGUGCCACUCCAAAUAAACUCGAGAGUAUGGAGCGUAAAAGUUUGAUCGGAGAUUACGAUAAACUCGAGCAUAGCCACCAGACUUGUAAUAACAGCAAGCCAAUAAUCACCGGGGCGCUUUUCAAAGAUGAUAUACACGAGGAUAUUAAAUUAUCAGUAAAUGAUAAUAAUAUAAAUAACAAAUUUGGUAACGUUACUCUAUUAUCUCCUUCAGAGUUGAAUAAAAAUUUAAAAACUGUCUGCGGUGACCAGAAACCCGAGGGCAGUGUUUUCGUGCCCUGUCAUAAACGUACCAACAGCAUUCCACCCCGACUCAUCGAGGACACCCUCGAUAUCGAUCGCAAGAAAGGUAUCGACAUAUACAGUCAAUUAAAGACUAGUAUACUCCCAGGUUUAACUCCCAAGUUUGAAUUAUUACAAAAUGAAGUUAGUCCAAUUGACGAGAAAGAAAGUUAAUCCCUGAUAAAAAUGAGGGAUUUUUAUAGUAAUCGUUGCAUUCAUAAGUAUUAGUAAUAAGUAAAAAUAAUAAUAAUAACUAUUUACAAUAUUAAUUAUAGGGAUAAUAAGAGUAAUAAUAGUAAUACAUAAAAUAUCCAACGAACGAUAACACAAAUUUGUAUUAUAAAUAUUUGACACAGAAAUGUGUUGGAAUAAUUUUAAAAAUGAGUUAUACCAUUUUAUGAUUAAUCACGCGCGGGGUUAUUUUAUUAUUUUAUAUUUUUGUUUUUAUUAUAUAUAUUUUAUCGGUAAGGAUGGAAAAGGAAGUGAAGUUUUUAAGUUUGAAAUAAGAAAUUUAUUGUUUCAGAGAUAAGAAUUUUUUAAGAGCAUGACUGAUAAAUCAGGGCAAAGUUAUCGGAGAACAAGACAAAGACGCAUUGGUUUGAGGUGUGUAUGUGAGAAUAUACGGUGUCAGACGAAUUCCGGUGGAUCGAUGAGGAAUUCAUUGAUAAUGGGACUGUGAAAGACACGAAAGAAAGGCUGUCGGAUUUUUCCUAUCGUGGGGACAAAUUGGCUAAAUCUGAGGAAAAAACGAUUUGAAUUGUGUGAAAGAUACGAGCGAAACCACGACUAGUGCCGUCUACGUCUGACGAUUCUUUCGUUCUCGUUUUGGAUUUUUUGGAGGUUACUUUUUUCAGCCCCGUCUCUUGUCUACUAGUGAGAACGUGAGUUCAGAGAUUCAAGAGUUGGAUGAAUAAAAUCCGGGAGAAUGAACUGCAUGAACCGACGUCAAGGCUGAGAACAAUCGAGACUAACGAACUCGUUGUACGUUCUCGUGAUCGUCGUAGUCGUCACAGACUCACUCGUAGCCUACUCAUAGAUCCUUCCAACGCUAUACAACUCUCGUUUUACCGUGCCAUAGCGUUAAUUUUGUUCUCAUGCACAUUGUGAGUGAGCACAAGGGCUCGGGAACUAUAACAGGCGCUAUGAUGAGUGUAUGAAUGCAGAUUUACAGUCAUAGAGACUGAUGGUGUCAUACUCUCUGCUAUUCAAUUGCUACCAGACUCAUUUCCUUUUUUUGUAUUUAUAUCAUUACCCGAAUUCUCUUGUAUCCAAUCAAAUAAUUAUUUAUUCAUUUAAAAUGGAACAAUCUUCUGCGUAAUUUGCUUUUUAAGUUUAAAGUGACUACAGUUUUGAUCUUUUCAA